UCGCCAUCAUGUUGCGCCUUACCGAGUGCGAGUGCUGAGAGGUAGAGAGAAGUCGUGAAGAAGGUUCGCGGGGCGGAAAUUGCCAAGCACGUGCCGUGGAGCCAAAAACAAAAAUACGACGGAUCGAUCCGGUGAAAUGUCCGAGAUGACGAGGCAAGUCUCCGACGCCGAGGUAUCCUGCUCACCAGCGGACUCGAUGAAACAGCGGGACGAGGAAGUCGAGGCCACACUUUUUAUUCUUUCAAACAGUGUGGUUGAGUGGUCCUCCUACAAUUGUGGUCGCGUCGCGUCGUGGUCUCGCAUCUCGCGCCCUCCGCACACACCCUGUGCCUUCCCUCAGCUCUCAGCCCACGUCGCCACCAUCUCCCUCUUGCAACAUCACUACCAUCGAUCUCAAUCACGGCCAGAUGCGUCCCAGUCUCGUCGACGAGCUCGUCCCAUUUCCCCAGCCCGGCGAUCGCGGCGGCCUCGCCGCACUUACCAGCUCUCUCCGCCGCUCCGGCUCUGUUGCCAUCAUCCUCGUCUUCCUCCUCGCCACCGUGUUCUACAUCCUCACCGAACCAGAGCAUGGCUCGCGGGCGGAGGCAGCGCACAUGCUGCGCAGAUGGCUAUGGAAGGGCAACGAAGUCACGAUCACGAUGAGCGCGGACCGAUAGCGCCCAAGCAACCGUGGCGCGACCGGGUUCACUACCGCCCUCCACAUCUCACAUCUCCCCGGCGCGUACCCGCCAGUUCGUUGCACCCCAUCACAUCUGCCAAUACGCAACCCGCUCAUCGGGGACACUGGCGCCGACAACGAGGUCGGAGUCCUUCCACGGCGCACUGGCCGCCGCUCGUCUCAAGACGCGCACACAGCGCGCGACGCUCCGAGCGGUCGACAGGUGAUAGAGGACGCACGUUUCAGCCAUCGACCUGAGCCUAAAACUGCCGCCCCUCUGCCGCCUCCUUGAGCACAUUAUCUCAAAGCAUACCAGCACACUAGAGCGGAUCUUCCGCGCGCUACGCACAUGACUGCGGAUUGUAGCUCUGCUGAGUCGUUUCGUUAGCUUGUCGCUGCACUCCCGAGCUCGCUCCUCCUGUGCAACGGUGAUAUGCAUAUGCUGUAGAGCUCUACUCCUGC